AUGCCCCGCGAAACUUUGACACCACAAGAAUUUCGUUCUCGUCUCGAAGAAUGUUUCACCUCUUCUUCCACUGAAACCAUCUGGUUGACACAUAAACGAUAUAUUUUCGAUUCUAUGGAUCAAGAAGAGGGUUAUGAAGUUUUGUUGAGAUGUACCCAUGGUCAAACCAAGUUUUCCACACGAAUACCUCCCUCUUCUCUCCUUUCAUUCCUCUCCACAUAUUCUUCUUUACUUAAAUCCUCCAUGGCCCCCCGUAUGCGAAAACGAGAUAAGAAACGAGAGAAAGCUAGAGCCGAAGCGACCGCGAAGAAACGUAGGGAGACAUAUACCGAUGUGAUCUUGACUUCUGAGGGGAAGAGAGGUAUGGGGAGACGGCAGAGGCAACGCAAAGUUCUCGCGCAGAAGAAGAAAGAAGCAGAGAGAGAACGAUUAGAAUCACUUCCAUCAAAAGAUCAUUCUUGA